UUGCUCCUGAGAUACUAGCCUACACCACCAGAAAGCAUGGAGGAUCGACCAAAAGAAUCCGGCACUACAAAAGCCUCUACCGGUGGUGGUCCUCCUCCUCUUCACACGGUUAAGCCCAUGGGAUUAACAAUUUUCAACCCCAUGUUUGCCACAGUUUAUGCUCUUGCCAUUUUAGCUCUAUUCUAUCACCAUGCAAAAACACUGCUGUGCUCCACAACCUUAGUCUCCUUCUCUAUAAACCUCACUUUGUCACUAUCCGAUUUUGUCCUUACUUUCAUGUGGAUCAACACGCAGACUUUUCGCAUGUGUCCAGUCUGUCGUAAGCAAUUCCCUGAAAAUGUUGAAAAAGUCAUGAAAAGAAGUGAUUUUCCAGCUUUAGACGUGUUCAUAUGCACCGCUGAUCCAUACAAGGAGCCACCAAUAGGUGUGGUGAAUACGGCUUUAUCAGUGAUGGCAUAUGACUAUCCAAAAGAGAAGAUUUCAGUCUAUGUAUCUGAUGAUGGAGGCUCAGCCUUGACUCUUUUUUCUUUCAUGGAGGCUGCCAAGUUUUCUACCCACUGGCUACCAUUUUGCAAGAAGAACAAUAUACUAGAGAGGAGCCCUGAGGCAUAUUUUGAAUCCAAUCAUCCUUGCACCUCUGAGAGUGAGAAGAUUGAGGUGAUGUAUAAAAGCAUGAAAGCCAAGGUAGAGAAUGCUGUUGAGAAGGGAGAAGUCGAUGAUCAGUAUAUCACUGGCCUGGAUCAACAACAAGAGAUCUUCAACAAAUGGACUGAUAACUUCACACGACAAGACCAUCCCGCUGUCAUUCAGGUUCUACUAGAUGCAAGCAAGGACAAAGACACCGCUGGUAACCUGAUGCCAAAUCUCAUCUACGUUUCUAGAGGAAAAUGCAAGGCUUUACCUCAUCAUUUCAAAGCCGGUGCCCUCAAUGCCUUGCUACGAGUAUCAAGCAGCAUGACCAAUGCACCAAUAAUCUUGACUCUAGAUUGCGACUUCUGCUCGAAUGAUCCACAAACACUUCUACGGGCAAUGUGUUAUCUAUGCGAUCCAGCAAUUAGGUCCACAUUAGCAUACGUUCAGUUUCCUCAGAUAUAUCGUGGAAUCAAUAAAAACGACAUCUAUUGUGGUGAAUAUAAACGUUUGUUUGUAAUUAAUACAAUGGGGAUGGAUGGAGUAGAGGGUCCUAAUUAUGUUGGAACUGGAUGUUUCUUUCAUCGGAGAGCUUUCUUUGGAAGUCCAUCAAGCCUAAUAUCACCAGAGAUUCCUGAACUAUCCCCAGACCAUGUUGUGGACAAGCCCAUCCAAUCCCAGUCAGUUUUGGCACAGGCACAUCAAGUAGCAGAUUGCAAUUAUGAGAACCAAACCGACUGGGGCUCUAAGAUUGGAUUCAGAUAUGGAUCAUUAGUGGAGGAUUAUUACACAGGUUUUAGGUUGCAAUGCGAGGGGUGGAAAGGCAUUUUCUGUAAUCCUGAAAGGCCCGCGUUUUUGGGUGACGUUCCCAUCAACUUGGCUGAUGCUCUGAAUCAACAAAAGAGAUGGUCAAUUGGACUUCUUGAAGUGGGCUUCUCAAAACAUAGCCCUGCAACCUUCGGCGUUAGAUCCAAGGGUAUCUUGAUGGGCCUUGGCUACGCACAGCUAGCAUUUUGGGCCAUAUGGUCUAUUCCAAUCACCACAUAUGCUUUCCUUCCCCAGCUAGCUCUUCUCAACAAAGUUUCUAUAUUCCCAAAGGUUUCAGACCCAUGGUUUUUCUUGUAUGCGUUUCUCUUCCUUGGGGCCUAUGGACAAGACUGUCUUGACUUUGUCUUAGCCGGUGGAUCAGUCCAGAGAUGGUGGAAUGAUCAGCGAUUUUGGCACAUAAGGGGAGUGACGUGUUAUUUAUUUGGUUCUAUAGAGUUCUUCCUCAAGUUCUUGGGAAUUUCAGCAUCUGGCUUUACGGUCACAAGCAAAGCAGUUGAUGCUGAACAGAGUAAAAGAUACGAACAAGGGAUCUUUGAGUUUGGGGUACAUUCACCCAUGUUUGUCUCCCUAACAUUGGCGGCCAUAAUUAAUUUAAUCUCAUUUUCCCAAGGGCUUGUUGAAGUUUUCAGAGGAAACAAUUUGGAGGGACUAUUUGUGCAGAUGUUCAUAUCAGGUUUUGCUGUGGUGAAUUCUUGGCCAAUUUACGAAGCCAUAGCUUUGAGAAAUGACAAGGGGAAAAUGCCUAUCAAAACCACCAUCAUGGCAACACUUCUGGCAGGUGCAUUCUAUGCAGCAUCUUCUUUCAUUUGCUGGUAAGAAUAUGAGGGCAUUUGAUUCAUGUUGUAAAGGAAGUGGCUGUUUUACUUUAUUUGCCGAUCUACAACAACGUUCCUCCUUAGGAUGCAUAUCUGGUAAGUAAGAAAUAAAAAUAAAAAAUUUAUAUCGAUGUA